UACAAUUUUCUCUCUUUUGAACCUCCUAUAGAUACAAAUGCUAGUAUAAAAUGAAGACAUCCAUCGGACCUUUGAAUGCAAAUACUGUAACCUCUUUCUCUGUUACCUCCUUCUCAAGUCGCCGCAUGAAACCAGCAAGUAACGCGCACCGUAAGAAAAUUAAAGGAGAGUGUUUUUAAGACAUAAGCAGCUGCAUGAGACCUUUGAGGUAAUGUACCCCACAAAAGAAUUAAGGGGGAGAAGUCUUAAAGCAAAAUUGAAAAGCUCUCGACCUCGAAACCAUUUGGCCAGCGGUGUGGCCGAAGGAAAUACGUGGAAAGGUGAUGACCAUGAACUCGUCAAGCAUGCACCUCUUGAGUUCGGUGAAUUGCCCCACAUGCUGCAUUCUGUCAUCCGAGCAAGUUGCAGAGCAGUUUAAGAAGUCGACAAAUGUAACACAAUUUAGAAAGGCUCGUCUGAGGCCUGUCAAUCAUAAAAGGGCAUUGACGAUGAAGAUUGUAAUGCAGCACAAAGCUGAUGGCAGCAUAGAACGAAACGACAGAGCUGCAACAGGGCCCUUAGUAAAACCUGAACCAGAGCUCUUGGCAGAGGAUUGUGUGAAGUUGCAACUAGAUGCUCUCUCUUCAAACAACCACCCAAGAGUUGACCAUGGUCUUGAGGUACUAUAUAAUUUUGCUAAUGCAGAGGGAGCUCUUGAUGGGAGUUCAUUACCAUGCUAUUUUGGUUAUGCUGCAGAUUUGUAUCAUUUUGGGCACUUUGCUAUGAAAUUCAAAACUAGGAAUGGCAAGAUUAUAAAUCUCAAAGGCUACAAGGUAUUGAGUUGUGAAGAAUUUUUUGAUCUCCAUCAAAACAUUUUAAGAGCUCGUGUAUGUGUUGAGAUUUUUGAAAGGGACAAUAAUGUAAGUCUUUGGACCUUUGUUUUAUCCAAAAAAGCUAGGGGAAAUGUUGCUCCUUGUUGGCUAACUGAUAGUUUAUUGAUAACAGAUUGAUUGUAGUACUAUUAAUACAUUUGAAACCCAAUUUUAUGUCCCUUUAUUUAAAUGUUUUGUAUUACUUUUGCUGGCUAUUUGUAUAUUAAUAAACAUUGUUGUUUCUUAUGUAGAAGAAACAUAAAGGUGUAAUGAAUUUAUCAAUCACACCUAAUAUACAUCCAUUUAAUUUUUUAAUCACAA